AUGUCAACCGACAUGAUGCGCGCUGUUAUUAUGCACGAGAUCGGUGGUCCCGGGGUGCUAAAGCUCCAAAACGUUCCCAAGCCAACACCCGCCGCCGGAGAGGUCCGUAUCCGCAUCAAGGCGUUUGGUCUCAACCGUUCGGAAAUGUUCACUCGCCAAGGUCAUUCUCCCGGAGUGAGCUUUCCUCGCAUUCUUGGCAUAGAGGCAGCCGGAAUCGUCGAUAUCGCCUCGGCGGUAUCUGGCUUCCAACCAGGUGACAUAGUUGUCACUGCCAUGGGAGGCAUGGGUCGUGUCUUCGAUGGCGGAUACGCCGAAUACACGGUAGUGCCCGCCUCCCAAGUGCGACCUGUCAAAACUACUGUUGCAUUUGGGCCUGAUCAUUCUGUGAGGUGGGACCUCCUCGGUGCCCUCCCGGAACUCAUGCAGACGGCAUGGGGGUCGUUGAUGAUCAGUCUUCAGCUAGUGCCCAGCGAUCGCCUGUUGAUUCGUGGAGGAACCACCAGCGUGGGGUUGGCUGCCGCAUUGCUCGCUCGAUCCCACGGAGCCUCAGUCACGGUAACGACUCGGAGUCCAGCUCGUGUUGAUUCCUUGCGUGCACUCGGAAUUGAGGACGUCAUUGUUGACGGAGGAUCUAUACUGGAAGAGGUCCAGAAACGAGCUCCAUUUAGUAAGGUCCUUGAGCUUGUCGGUGUCACUACCUUGGAGGACUCCUUGCGAUGCGCGGCACCUGGUGGCACCGUCUGCAUGGCUGGUAUUGCAGGCAAUAAAUGGACCUUCGAACAAUUCAGUCCGAUGGCAUCUAUCCCAACGUCGGUCAAGUUGACCACAUAUGCAAGCACCUCAGAUGCUCUGCUUGAAACCCCCAUUGAAUCGAUCGCCAGGGAUGUUGCGAACGGAAAAAUGCCUUUGCCAAUAAGAACCUUUCCAAUUGAGGAUAUUGUGGAGGCUCAUCAGUUGAUGGAGGAAGGGGCAAUGGCCAAAAUUGUAAUGCUAGUUUAG